UGUUUGUCACCUAAUGCAGAUUUUACAAACAAAACCAAAUUUUUGCAAACCUAAUUGUUUGCAAACAAACAUUGUCAAUGAACUAAGGUCCCUCUGUAAUUGGUCAUGCUGGAGGCUCCCCUCUUAAAUAAAGAAAGGUGUUUGGAUCCUGAGACAAGCAAAGGCCAGUAGUUAUCCACAUCCAGAGAGCACUGACGAAAGCAGAUGUUAAGUAUGGAAGUCUCCAUACUAGCAACAAAACUUUCCACUGAAAUCAAGCUGCAAGCUUGCAUAAAAAACACAUCUAGAAACAUGAGAAGACAAGGCAACAGAAUGCCUCCAAAGGCUCCCAGCUCCCCCAAAGUUGAUGCCUGGGACAUUAAAGGAGAGGAAAUCAAAAGCUACCAGCCAAAUUAUUCAAAAGAAUAAAAUGAGAUAACAAAACAUAUCAAUAAGGCUCUUGGAGAGCUCCAUGAACAUAUAACUAAGCAGAUAAUAGGCCUAAUUUGAAAAAGUGAUCAGCGAUAUAUAGAAGGCACUAAUGAAAAGCUAGCUGAGCUAAACAAAAUGAUACAAAGCAUUAAUGACCAGUAUAGAAAAGAACUGAAGUUCAUAGAAAAGAUGCCAGACAGAAACAAAAAAGAUUAAAAAAUAUGUUGAAAAUAUGGACAACAGAAGUAAACAAUUUAAAGACUAGGAAACAGAGCCUCUGUCUCUCUGCCCUCAGGCCUUCCUUAGUCCCUCUGCCUAAACCAUCACUUGCUGACUCAGGAAUUUAGAAGGUUUGUAGGGCUCACUGCACUCAACAACCCCUGGAGGAGGUUGUUGGUGGCUCCUAUGUGGGUCUCUACUGGAGGACAUGGACUAUGCACAGGACACCUGUGGGCAUCACACUGCCACUGUUUGGGGAAGCAGUGGGUGAGUAUUUCUGAGUCAGAUUGGUCUCUUAUCUCCCCAGGGUGCCACCACUCGCAGGCAAUGCUUGUUGGCACAGCCACUGAAAAUGGUGGGCUUGUUUUUAAACUGUGCCUGGUAUCCUCUCAUAUACGAUUCACUGCUUUUCAGUUUCUCUGACGUUGCUGUUUCUCUCCUGGUGGGGAGGGUAGAAGGAUUGGGAACUUAUUCCAUCAUCCUGGCUGUCCUUGAAAUGCCAGAUUUCUCCCUCAGGGAGCUCGAACUUUUCCCAAAGGGUUGUGUACACCAGAUCCAGGGGUUGGGGUAACACGGUCCAGCAGUCCACCUGCCUUUUCUAAACCCCUCUGAUGCGAGAUUUUGAUUCAGGGAGCCUCUUUCUCGUUGCUUUCCUGUGUCUGGCUCUCUCUACCACCCCGGGCAGUGGACGAAUCAGUGCUGCUUCCCUCUCACUACCAAAAUGACUGAAACGAAGGCACGGUAGGAUUUACUAAUCUCAAAUGAAACUCUCCUAAUAUUGUUUCAGUGCAACACUGUCAGAGACACUAUAGUUUAUUUUGGUCUGUAAGGUUAUGACAGUAUUAGUUUUUGUCACUGUGCUAUUUAAAAAUAAAAAUAAUUCUAAAAGAGUCUUGAAUAUCAGAAUAAAAAGAUUAAUAGUAUUUUUAUGUUAACAUAAUAUGUGCAUUCAGAAUACAGAACCAAAGCUUAAAAAUUCUUAAUAGGCUCAUACAAGAUAACUGAAAAAUUUAAGAGAAUUACAUAAAUAGAGUAUUUACGUUAGAAAAAGAGGCUCUGAUUUGAAUUCAAUCCAUAUCUAGUAAGAAUUAUGUAUGAUAGUACUCGGUUCCCCACAUCGGGAUGGAGGGACUUUGCGACGCAACCCUACACACAGCUACAGCUGCCCUUGUUACCAUUUUCUCCAGCAUUGCAGCGCCAAGUGUUACGCCUGACCGGGAAGGCAGCCAGUAAACAUUUGUCCAGCGUUGAGCGAAUGGUAAGCACUGGAACUGUACUGCGCUCCACACUAGUGAAUUCCCUAACUUUACCCCCACCCUAGUUUCCCAAGUUUCGAAGCACAUAAAUGUUAAUAUGACUCAGUAUUUUAACUUGAGGUGAGACACUAGAAAAAAUAAAAACAAAAGCAGAAGAAGUCUUGUUUAUCAAGCAAGUAUGAUACUACAUGAGCACGCCCUAUUUUAGGGCUCAAAAAUAUUAAAUUUGUUGUGCCAAUAGCAAGCGUAGGGGUGGGGGGACACGCUCGCCUGUUGACAGGGCUUUUGUGGAUGUCACACUCCAGCCCCCUUAAGUCAAACUGCCCCUCUCCUCCAGAGAGGCCCAGGCGAGCGCGGCGCGGCGCCGGCGGCAACGCCCGGCCCCGGCGCGAGGCCCCUCCCGGCGCGUGCUCACAGCGCCACCCACGCAGCCGGCCGCGCGCGGGUCCAGAGGCUGGGGCCCCGCGACCUGGGCAGUCCCGCCCUGGGCUCUUUCAUAACAAACCCCGCCCGGGGGCAGCUCCCGCCGCUGAGGUACUGCACACGAGAGGUCGCAGGAGGCUGCCCGACUGGAGCCUCAGGCGAGCCACAAGCAAGAGAAGCGAGAGACAGGCACGCGGCUCAGAAGGUUCUGGAAGGCACGAUGCUCUGGGGGCUGACCCAGGUCGCACUGCGCAUGCUCCGAGCUUGCCCGGCUCGUGUGCUUUUGGAGCUACCAGUUGGUGGCCCUGCCCAACCCUCCAGGCACGGUGCCCCGCCUUGGCUUCCAGGACAACAGGUGUGCCGUCCACUCAGCACUCCUGAAACCAAAUUGCAUGUGACAAAAGCAAUCAAGGUGAUUAAAAAAUGUGCUGGAAGGAAGUCUGUGCUGAUUCUUGGAGGACAUUUCUAUGAGAUGUCAGAAAGGACAGACAACAUUGCAGUAGAAGAAAUUAUAGGCGAGCAUCUUUCAAAAGAUGGAGAAGAAAAUCAAAGCAUAGUAGAGACACUAAGAGGCAAAGUAAGAGAAAAACUAAGAAAUGCUAAGACUGAAGUCUUAUUGGAUGAAGGUCUCUCAUUUUUCGUUCUGAGCGGUGAAGAAGGCUCAACAUUGGGCCAGUCAUCAGAGCAGAGGUCGGUAAAUGAUAGUUACUCCAAAUGCUUUACAGUUGGUAAUAAAUUACAAAAUGUUGCUAAGGGCCAAGAUGAAGAUUUUGUGGAAGAAGUCAUUUUUACAGAUUUAUUUGAAGUAAAAGCUGCUGAAUAUGAAGAUGAUCAAGAAAAACAAACAAAAGAGCAGGCAAAUAUUUUUGUGCCAAGUAGUUCCCCAGUGGCCAACCAGUAUAAACUGCCGAAAGGUAUGAUCCCACGCAUUUUAGAAGAUGAAGGAUUCUAUAUUCAGAAAAAGCCAAAAAUAUUUAAAAAGACCUGCAACAAAAUGGAAAAUCGCCUGCUUAAACUAAGUAAGGGAAAGUGUUGGUUUGAAGAGAGUGGAGAAAUAAUGUCAUUACCUUCACCUAUUAGACAGUCAUGGAAUUUCAGACUAAAUACAAACAAGGAAUCUUUAAAUCCAGCACUAAAGACCACAUACAAGAAGGCAAUAAAAUCUCACAUUGGAAGUUCUUUUAGGAACAAAAUGGAAGGGCAAAGGGAAAUGUACCAAUUAGAUCUCAACAUUAUUGGUUUGCAAUUUAGCCAUCACCCUCUCUUCAAUCAAGAACAAGUGCUAUGUGCGAGGCUGCUGCAACUUUAUGAAUGUUUUCAGGAGAGGCAGAAACAGAAUUUGCCUCAGCUACUGUAUGAAAAGUUGAAAACACUGACAAAUGCUACCCAAUCAGUGAAUGAAAACUUUGAAAUAACCCAGCUUAUGAGAAAGUCUUUACAAGAUUAUACUUGGCAGAUAAGCAAUACAAAACAACUAUAUAACUUAGAACUGGAAAAGGACCUAUCCCUGCUACAUAGUGUAUUACAGACCUGGAAGCAGAUAAAGUCCCUUAGACAACGGCAAGGUUUUACAAGCACUACAGUAAAGUUGCUGUUUCAGAGGAUGGAAAUGAAUAAAUCUGAUGAGCAAGAACAAGCACAAAUGUCAGAAGUGUCUGAGACCAAAAAGAAAACUGAAGGAAAAAUACUUAAGCAUGAAGAAAAACAGGAGAGCUUCUCACUUUUAGCUUCUGAACUUGAAGAAACAGAAAUUGAAAGAACAAAUCCAAUUACCUUGAGGCCACAGCUUUAUUUCACAGCAGAAUUAACAAACUUAUCCAACUGUCCACUGCAUGAGCAAAACAGGAGAGCCAAAAUUCAGAAGCUGAAAUAUUUUAUUAAGAUAUUUUACAACAACAAACAGGUUUCUUGCACUUCAGUAUCUUCCCUACAGUUUGAUUUUAAAGUCAUGUUUCAGCAAAUUUUCAAUAUUCAGUUAAUAUAUUCGCCAGAAACAAUUUGCUUGGAGGUUUAUGAAAUAAGUAAAAGGACAAGUUUACUGGCAAAAUUAUAUUUACCUUUACCUAACAACACAGAGCUGAAAGGCAAAACUGUUUUGGAAUAUGUAGAAUUUAGCUCUGAUAAGCUGGUCAUACCUGCGGAUGGAGAAGUAGGAAGCAAUGUGCCUUUUCUUCUCGAGGGAAGUAGAACUGAAGAACUUUGUCUUUUAACAUCAGGAAAACUUAGCUAUUCUCUGUCAUGGGCCUUAGAUGAAAAUGGUAUUCCUCUGGCACCUAUGUCACAGUCAUUAAGAGCUACGAACUACGGUUUGUUAAGGAAUGUAGAGGUCAGAAGUAUUCCUGGAAUUCCAUGGUUUAUUAAUGCACAGAAGCUUUUUCAAUGGGCAGAUGAAGUCAGGAUUGAUCCAAAUAAUCCAGAAUAUUCUGAAUUAAUGGAACUUAUUAUGUAUAUGAGACAUAAAGGGCAGGAUAUUCCACAGUAUUUCCGUCUUGAACAACUACAAGAUGAGUUUAACUUCGUUUCUGAAGAAGAAAUCAAAAAGAGUAAACGUUUUCAGCUUCUGCAACUUAGAAAUACUGGUCAAUUAGAUAUUUUUCUCCUGCAGCAAGUGCCCCUCUAUGAUAGAGAGAUUCCGGAUUUAGUCUUUCAGGAGCAUGAAAGUCAGGUAGAAAUGGAUAUGUCUACCUUGGAUGUAAAUUCUAUUACUGCACAGAGGAUUAGCGCCAUCAAUUAUCUGAGAAAGGAGAGAAGAUCAAUAAUGAAAAGAAUCACCAAAGUUAGCAAAUUUAACUUGCCAGAUAUUGUGGCUAAUUAUGAAGAAAUUGUAUCUUCAAGCCAGUUGACACAUGCAAUCUGUAAGUUUGUUGAGCCAAGAAGAAAGUUAAAACCUCAGAGGAAAGAAAGAAAAAGAGUCACAGCACAGUCUAUUUCUGAUGGAGAUAUUAAAAUUCUCAUAAGAAUAUUGAGGGCCUAUAAUAUUCCUACCAGGAAAACAGCAGUCAAUAGAGCCUUGAAUAUGCCUGCUUAUUUGAAAUCAUCUAUGCCUUGCUUCAGACAUAAAGAAACAACCAGAUCAAUAGCCUCAGAUGAUAUCUUAAAUGAGGAUACUGUACACCCUUUCAUAGAAGUUUCUUUUCAACACACUGUAUAUCAUACCAAUACAGAAAGUGGAUCUCAUCCAUGCUGGAAUGAAGAAAUUAAAUUAGAUUUUAUCUCACCCGGACAUGAUUAUAGCUUCUCAAAUUUGUCUAAAAUAAAAGAUAAUAUAUACAUCAACAUUUUUGAUGAAGUGAUCAUUGAAAAACAUACGGAUCGCUGUCUCAAGAGCUGCAGUGGUCACUCCUACCUGAGAAAGAACUGGCUGGGUUCCAUCGUUUUCCCUUUCUCUGCUCUUUUGCAACAGUCCGAGAUUAGUGGAACAUUUCAAGUCAACAUUCCACCAGUUUUGCUUGGAUAUACUUGGAGUAAGACUUACUUAUCUCCUAAAGAAGACUGCAAUGGACAGAAUUUAAGAGAAUGUACCUUCAUAAAUAUUUUUGCUACUAUUGAACCACAAAUAUCAUAUGUUUCCUGUAAUUCAAAACUAGACAAGUUUUCAGAUCAAAUUGAUGUUUUGCAGAAAGCACAGAUUUUUAAGAGUAAUUGUAAAGCAAUGUUUCCCAACCGAAGAAUCAUAACUACUGUUUUUAAUGAUGAAGGGAUACAAACCUUAGUAACAAGAUAUAUCAAAGCAUUAAAUCCACCUCAACAACUUCUAGAUAUAUUUCUUCAUGAUUCUAAUGCAACACUUGACCUCAUUGCAAGAUUUGUGUCUCUGAUUCCUUUUAUGUCUGAUACACUGGAUGACAAUGAUGGUUCUGAUAUAUGGAUGACAUCAGAGCGUUGCAUCAGUUUAGCUAUCGGAAAUAAGGAAGAGCAUGCCAUACUUCUCUGUAAUUUCUUUUUGUAUUUUGGAAAGAAGGCUUUGGUCCUCCUGGGAACUUCAUUUUUAGAAGGGCACGUUGCCUAUGUCUUAACUCAAGAAACUAAUGAAUAUUUGUUUUGGAAUCCAUCGACUGGACAAUGCCACAAGCAGUUUGAUCCAUUCUGUCCCUUACAAAGUGUAGAUUGCUUGUUUAAUGAUAGGAAUGUCUGGUUUAAUAUUCAACAAAAUAACACACCAAUGGCUGUAUAUCUUGACUAUUCAAAGGAAAGUUUCUGGAAACAGUUGCUUCCAAAAAAUUUUCAGGGAACAAAAGUACAAAGCAUACAGCCUGAAGAAAUCAUUUAUUCUGAUACAAAUAAAAAUAUGGUAGAAGAUCUAAAGAACAGGAUUGAAAGAACUCUAAAAUGUAAAAUAAUGGAAUGGAGACCUAAGCACCCAACACGUUGGAAUCGACAGUGUACUUCUAUUUUGCGACAAAUCCUUCCUAAGCUAGAACUUGGCAUAGAAAGUCCUGUUUCAUCUGAAGAAGAGAAUGAAUUUGAAAGACUGCUACAAUUUUACUGGGUCACAGGAUUUCCCAUCCGGAUGCCAUACACUGAUGUUCAGUCAGUUAUUGAUGCCGUGUAUCAGACUGGAAUUCACUCUUCUGAGUUUCCUGAGACAGAAUUUGCUUUAGCUGUAUAUAUUCACCCAUAUCCAAACAACAUAUUAUCUGUGUGGGUCUACUUGGUAUCCUUAUCCCAACAUCACUGAAAAGAAAGAAGGGACAAGGAAGAGAUGAUACCAUGAUCCCCUAGACCAGAAGCCAUCACAACUUUUCUGUUAACAGUAUCUUUCUGCUUAGCUUUCCAACUAAAUCCAACUAGGUCCUAAUCCCAAUUUUUGAUUCACUUACAGACUUGGGAAGUAACCCCAAUCCUUAUCUCCCUCCCCACAGACUUGAGGGUAAGUGUAGAUGACCGUCUCCCCCGUGCUCCUAGGAAGACCCUUUGAGCAUUACUUUCUACAGUAGGUAUUACUUUGGGAAAGAAGCAGUUACGGCUCAUUACCGUUAAGGCCAAUGUUUCUCAAAUAUGAACUUCACACCACCAUCACAAGAAUCAUCCAGAGAGUCUUGUUGAAAAUGCAGAUUCCUGGAUAUCACCCAAGGCCUACUGAAUCAGACCUCUGAGAGUAGAGACCCACAGUCUGCAUUAUUUUCAACAAGCUCCCCAGGCGAUUGUGACAGACUAUUAGUGGAAAGAAUUCAGUUUUACAGAAUGUUGUCAUUACUAAAGUAGGGCUAACGUGGGUUCUGAUUCCAUUGCAUGUAGAAGUUAUUCAAAUUGAAAUUUAAGGUCAUUGCCUUUCAUAGGAUAAAAUGUUAUUUCAUGGGUAAAGAAAACAAAGAAAAUGCAUAGGAAUUCGCUGCUAGGGACUUCCUAAAAGUUUGCAUUUGGAAUAGUCCUGACAAAGAAAUCCUUAUGGCUCCUCAUAUUUGGAAGGGACUCCCAGGAAACUCUUAAAUUUUUUCUAGCAUGUUAAGAAGUAAGGUAAUUGUCUAAACAAAUCCAAGGGCUCCUUUUUUCCUUAGUGAGAAGCCCCCACUCAGCCUCUGGCACUUUUCUGUUAUCUUCUUUUCCUAUUAGUGGCUACCCAGAGACCCAUGUAGAUUCUAGGAGGGAUCUAAGCAGGAAACCAUACUAUAUAUUUUUAUUAUGUUUCAUUGUUCUGUUCUCCAUGGAGAAAAGUAUUUCCAUAAUUUACUUAAAUAAGACUUAGCAAUUUACCAUUUUAAAAAUAUAGCCAAGGGAUAUAGAUUUCCAAAAGUUGACCAGAACAGUUUUAUCUGAGGUAAAGGUGAAAUUGACCUUUCCCAUUGCAAGAACACUGGGCCUUCUUGGUUCAUUCAUACAGAGAGCAGAGACCCUCAGUUUCAUCCACAGGAAACCUCACAAUCCAUGUCCCUUCCUCACAUUUGCCACAUGGGCUGGUUCUAGAGAUGGCCUUGUCUUUUUGCAGUGACGUUAGUCUUGGGCCUAGUUUGAGACUACCAGAAGAAAGACGGGGACAUGGAUGAAGGAAUGUGUUUCUUCCCCCAGAUUAAAACUUAAUUGUGUGUCUUCUGACAUGCAAAAGAAAACUGACUAGAAUUUUUAUUUUUAAUUCAAAGUUUGUGAUUAAGUGUUAUAGGAAGUUUUGUUUUUAGAUAGGUCUUCCACUUUGAGGUGGCACAAAAUAGUGCCUGUGAAAAGAUGACCUUACCCCAGAAAUGCCAGAUUUAUGUAUUCAUUUCUGUAGGACUUAAAUGUUUACCUAGGUCUUUUAUUCAUUGUGUAUGACUUUAGAAUUGGUAGGCUACUGAAGGCAGCAAAUAGUCACAGACAAGUAAGGACUAUUCUUUAUUACAUGUAUUUUUUGUAUGUGUAUCUGCUACUUUUUAAAUUAAUUUCUCCUAAAAAUUGUGAAGCUGUCUGUAAUGAAUCAUUUUUUCAAAGGUUUUAAAAAUACAUGGUUUAAAAUGGAA